GAAUAAAAGAGAUCGUGCUCGUCUCCCAGGUCAAACGUUCGCUCGCAACCGUACGGGGAGGAGAUUACGAUUGUGUCCUGUCGGAGCAAGGGCGCGCUGUUGGAAAUUUGAACUCGCCAACCAACUAUAACGUCUUAAGCGAAAACCGUGCCGGUCGCAAAGAUGGGUCGGUUUACUGCGGCCUUGGCCGUUGCGAGUUUGGUGGUCCUUGCAUGCGCCCUCCAUGUCGCUGAUGCCAAGGCGCCAUGUCCCUGCGCACCUGCGACGAAGCGCUGCUGUAAGGACGGUCCGUGCGUCAAGUGCUGCAAGGAUUGCGACUGUGGCGCUGGGAAGAAGUGCGUCAACGGCGAGUGUCAGCCCUCGUGUGGCUGCCCCCCUGGACUGAAGCGCUGCUGCAAGGACGGUCCGUGCGUGAAGUGCUGCAAGGACUGCGACUGUGGCCCCGGGAAGAAGUGCGUCAGGGGAGAGUGCAAGCCCCCGUGCUGCCCCCCUGGACUGAAGCGCUGCUGUAAGGACGGCCCCUGCGUGAAGUGCUGCAAGGAUUGCGAGUGUCCCAAGGGGCACAAGUGUGUCAACGGACAGUGCAAGUCCCCGUGCGGCUGCCCGACUGGGCUGAAGCGCUGCUGCAAGGACGGUCCCUGCGUCAAGUGCUGCAAGGACUGCGAUUGUCCCAAGGGGCAGAAGUGCGUCAACGGAAAGUGCAAGCUCCCGUGCGGCUGCCCUCCGGGACUAAAGCGCUGCUGUAAGGGCGGCCCCUGCGUGAAGUGCUGCAAGCAUUGCGAUUGUCCCAAGGGGCAGAAGUGCGUCAACGGACAGUGCAAGCUUCCGUGCUGCCCCAAGGGACAGAAGCGCUGUGUGCCCUGCGGUCCGUGCCAGAAGUGCUGCAAGGAUUGUGAGUGUCCCGCCGGCGAGAAGUGUGUCCUCGGAGAGUGCAAGCGCCCUUGCGUAACCGCAACGGUCACACCUCUCGGCAAGUAAGCCAUGACGGAAGUGCUGCAAGGGCCGUCAUCCAGGGCGCUGGUAGAAAAGUGUGUGCAGUGACGGUGCAACCCUGCGUGCAGGCAACGAGUAUCGUGGCGCCGCUUUUCCGUUCGCCAGAAGGGCAAAUCACCAGUAGAAACGGACGAAGCGCUGAGGCUGUCUGCAGUACGCGGUGGUGCAAAGCAGCUUGCUUACCCGAGUACUCUGGUUCAUACUAGGAAACAGUGGGGGACUGCGAACACCGGGAGUCGGGAAUAAGGCAUAGUGCACAGAGCGGGCACUACAGCAAUGAUUGAACGAUUAGACAGAUUUAGCGGGUAGGUUUCCAUUGUAGGAAACAAUGGGGGAUCGAAGGUUGAUCUGCAUCCGCUAUGAUUGCCACUAGGUUCCCGUUUUCAGUUUUCAUGAGUCGUGACAAAAUAGAACUAGGCUCAUCACCGACAGCCGAGCCUCUGAACUUGGGACUGCCAACACCGGGAGUCGUGGAUAAGGCAUAGUGCAGAGAGCGACGACAGUGCGCUCUUGGUUUCCCGCAGUCAUGGGUGACCCUCUAUGAGGCUUUGACACGGUGUACGCCGUAAUUGAUUGGUAAAGAGAGGGGUCCGAACAUCGAGCCGGAUCUGCUUUAUUGUUUGCUAACAAUGAAAUUCAUUUCUCAUU